AUAUAUUUUGACAAAAAUCAUUAUUUUCUACGUUUUACUUCAACAAAAUUUGAUAAAAUGUUACUGCGAUCUUUUAUAUCAUUAGUGAUUUUAGCACCAGUGCUGGGCGUCACAGUAUACGAUGGAGUUGACAUUUUUAUUAUCCUCUGGGGUUCAGUGGCUGGAGUUGCUACCAUGACUAUAUGUGUUAUCAUUAUAUACAUCUAUGUUAAAACAAAUACAGACAUUAUAACUUCUAUUCGACGAAAGAUAUUGACCGAGGAUAAACAAGAAACUUACGAGACACCAGAAGCGAAAAGAGACAGUCAUAUUUACAAUCAAGAUCAACCGAAUGAAGACAAUCUAAGUGAAAACCAUCAAUAUCUAGAAGUUCGAUCAUCGACCACAAGUGAUAUUACGAAGACGCAUUCGACCAAUGACGAUACUCAUAGCCAGAUACCGACCAGGCGAUGCACUGGCGAUAUUCGUAAUCAAUUAAUGUACACUGGAAAUAUUCCGAAUCGAUUAACUGGUAAAACAGUAGAAAUACAUGGUGAAGUCGAUCCAAAUCGAUCAUGGGAUCAGAAUCGUGAAACAGUAUACGAAGUUACUGACCUUGAUGACUCAAAUUGAUCAACCACAAUUGAAAACGUCAGCUAAAACACUUCAAUAGACUUCGGCUCUAUGCUUGAGUGUUGGUCUCUUUGACACAUUCCCCGUUUCCGUUUUCAAUUUUAAAUAAUAAUUUACUAUUUUAUGAGUUUAUGAGUUUGACUGUCCCUUUGGUAUCUUUCGUCCCUCUUCUUUUAGUAAAUACAGCAGCAAAAUU